CAAAAUCUACAUUGAUUUGGUUCAAAAACCAAGAAUGAAUGUAUAUUAAUUAAUAAAUAAACAGAUGCUUUUAUGUAUAAUAGCAAAGAAUGAGAAACAAUUACCCUGUGUAACCCUUUUUAUAGAUUUUGUGUAAAAUAAAGUUUAUAGGACAUGCUGUAGGUUUUUAUUUACUUUGGUAUCCUGGUGAUAGAGAUAUUUAAAAGCAAGAUAUGUUUUUGUUAAGAUAUACAUUUUUUUGAUGCAUUUAGGAGGCAGAGACACAAUGCCACCAUUUCUAUGAAUAAAAAUCAACAAUCAUUUUGCAUUUAAACAGAAUAUCCAUUAUGGAAGAAAAUGACAUUAUACAACACUAACAAUACACUGAUAAGCCACACAACAACACAUAACAUAGAGGGUUACAUGUUACUGAAAAAUAAUAUUAGGCUCAACCUCUGUGGGAGGAGCAGGAAUACAGAGAGAUUGACAUACAACAGGCUGCCCAACCCUUUUGGUUGGAUUUUAACAGAUUCUUCUUCACAUGAGACCAACUCUGAAUAACAUCCAAAGGACAUUUUAUUUUCACUUCACUGGAUUUUUAAAAAAUAUUUUCUCUCCUUAAGAUCACUAGUUAGAAAACCAUGUUGAUCUUUCAGAGCUUUGUAAUUUGGUGUCUUCUAGUAUCAGACCUUCAGAUUUUUGCCACUGCGUUGGAAACCUGUAAGACAGCCUGGUUGGAUGAAGGGGAUCCUUCCACAUAUGGGGACUCAGAGCUCUUGAGUGACUUGAGAAGGAAGCACUGGACGAAGAUCUGCUCCAACCCAGUAGACAUGGAGGCUCAGACGGUUGCUGGAGUCAAGUCGCAGUACACCAGGAACACCUUCCACACCUACAGUGCAUCAGAGGGCCUUUUGUGCCUUAACACAGAACAGAAAUGGAGACAGUGUGACGAUUAUCAGGUCAAGUUCACCUGCACGGGACAGUUCUGCUCAGAGUGUAGGACGCGCUGGUUUGAUCAUGAUGACCCAACAGGAAAUGGAGACUAUGAGGUCCUCAGUGACUUCCUAAACAUAUACCCGAGAGAACUCUGCCCUGAGCCAAUAGCCAUUGAGGUCCAGACCAUCUCUGGAGAGCCUGCCUCCAACACCUCCGAUACUUUUCUAAAUUAUGAUGCCACCUAUGGGUUUGCCUGUGUAAAUGCAGAUCAGGGAAGCCGGACUUGUGAAGAUUACAGAGUCAGAUUUACCUGUCCAAAAGAGUUCUGUGAAGUGUCAGAGCAGUGUCGAACUCAGUGGCUGAACAGUGAUAACCCGUCAGAGGAGGGUGAUGUGGAGUCCAUACUUCGGUUACUGACAACUUUCCCGGGUCAAGUCUGUAGAAACCCGAUCAGCAUUGAGGCCAAGACAGCAAGUGGACUAUCUGCCCUACGCACUGGAGACACCUACCUGUCCUAUGAUGUUACUUUUGGCUUUGCAUGCAUCAAUAAAGAACAGAGGAGUAAACAAUGUGAGGAUUAUCAAGUGAUACUGACCUGUCCUUCAGAUUUCUGUCAGGGUUGUAGGACACGCUGGUUCGACAUGGACAAUCCCACAGGGCAGGGGGACUAUGAGACCCUCCUCCGGGUGCAGCUGAUAUAUCCCAGUCAGGUCUGCUCCCAGCCUGUGGCCAUUGAAGCCAUGACAGUGUCUGGCGUCCCUGCACACAAGACUGGUGAUGUCUUUCAAGUAUAUGACGCUACUCGUGGCUUUUCCUGUGUGAAUGCUGAGCAGCCCGGUGGAAAACACUGUGAAGACUACAAGAUCCGCUUUACAUGCCCACUGGAUUUCUGCUCUGUUGUAAACGAUCAGUGGUCAACACUUUUUUAGGGGAUUUACUGUUGGUGCAGGACAUUUAGUAACUGUUAAGACAAUAUGUUAAAUCAUCAGCUAACAUCAUAUUUAGCAUUUGUUAAUGUAUACUGUAUAAUUAUUUCCAGACUUGGGGAGUAACGGAUUACAUGUAACUGAGUACCGUAAUCCAGAUACAAAAAAACAGAAAACAGUUAUUCAUUGCAGUUACAUAAAAAAACGUAAUCAGAUUACAGUUACAUUUAGCAAAAAUGGGGAUUAUUUAGCAGGCUUACAAUUUUAAUAUACAUCAGGUUUUCUUUAAAAAUACACUGAGCAGAUGACACAUGUUUGAUGCUAAAAAUCUUUCCAUUUUCUUUUCACAGAUAACAUUGUUCUGUUGUCUUAAAUACAUUUGCAUCCAUACUACUUAUUGAUAUUUCUUUUCUCUUGUUUUUAUUUACAUACUUGUUGUUGAGGUAAUCCAAAAGUAACAGAAUGCAAUCAAGUUACAUUACUUUAAUAUUGUGAUACUUGGAUUAGGUUACUGACUACCUUUUUUAACAUUUAAUUAGAAAUUGUAUCCGAUUAAAUUUUUAAAGUAACCCUUCUAA